CUGUUUUGAAUUUCUGAUUCAAAGUUGUGUUCAUUUUGUUUUAGAUUAAAUAAUUUAGAUUAUCCGUAAUUGUUUACAGGAUAGUGAGCUAAAACGUUAUUAUAUAUAUUAAAAUGGUAGACGAUUUACGAAAAUACCUGAACCAUCUGUUGGAAAAGGUGAACGGACUUCAUUGUAUCCUCAUCACAGACCGAGAUGGAGUGCCUUUAGUGAGAGCGGCGACGGACAAAGCACCCCAGGCAGCCUUGACGCCUAACUUUAUAUCCACAUUUGGAAUGGCGACAGACCAAGCCAGUAAACUAGGGCUUGGCCGGAACAAGACCAUAAUUUCCAUGUACUCUAGCUAUCAGGUGAUUCAAAUGAACAAGCUACCCCUAGUUAUAACCUUCAUUGGAAGUGACAACUGUAAUACGGGACAUAUUCUGUCCCUCGAGAACCAAAUAGAGCCAUUUCUGAAGGACUUAGCCACUGUAGUUGCUGAGGCGCCCUGAGAUUAAGUUAUAGUUCUAAGGCUUAUUGGUUUGUGUAAUGAUAUUAUGUGCUGUCUUUGGCAGAUAUUCAUAUGUACUUCAAGCAAAAAUGCAUGUAAUAUAGGUUUCUUAACAAAUAUUUUAUCAUCUGAACUUUCACUUCUGCUCAUAGCAUUAGCAUAUUAUGUUAUUAUUUAUUUAAAAACGAAAAAUUUCAAAAGUAUAGCACAUAUUAUCAUUACACAUUUAGCUGUUAUUCUUUUAUAUCUUCUUACAUAUUUGUAAUACAUAAGACUUUAUCCACCUCUAAAUAUUUUGUACAUACUCAUUAACAGAAGAAAUAUAAUGAUUUAUUUGUAUAAAAUUUA